AUGGACCACUUCAAGACAGUCGUGGAACUGACCGGGGUCGAGCAGCUCUGCUUCAACUGCCGAGCACUUCUCGACGACGAGCCGAAACACCGCAUCCAUGGACAUCUUCUCUGCGACGAGAGCGCCGACAUCGUGUCGCUGCUUCGAGUGCACAACUGGCGCGUGUGCCUCGUCUGCGCCUUGGCGGGCGAGGCCGACGACAUCGACUGCGCGGACAUUCAGAAUUUCCUGGACAAACCGAACACGUUUGUGAAGCAGUAUGACCGGAGACACUGCCCUGUCUGCGACGACGCGGACGACCCUCUGUUUACGCCAUGCGGUAGGCAGCCCCGAAUGCGCAACCAGUUCCAGGCCGCUGACGAUGCAGGCCACGUCGUUUCCACCGCCUUGGCGCUGGUCGCGGCGCAGUCGACAUUUCUCGUGCGGGAGCAUGUUGAGGUCGUCUCCAGGAGCGGCCGCGGAUAG